AUGCCGGUAAAAGACCUCCUAGAGGAGUCUGCUGAUGGGCCGACAGCUGCCAUGCUCUUGUCCAAUCCUGAGAUACGGUCAUCGGGCCAAAGCCUCGAGGACAUAUGGAAGUUGGCGAAGGAGAUCGUCGUAGCGAAACGACAAAGUUCGGAUAACCACGUCACAGCGUCGACCUCGUCAGCUCCUAGCAGCAGUAGAGGUACUACUACUGGUCUCAGAGAUUUCGCNNNNUCUAUUCUGACCGCCGAGUUCUUCCUUAACCGCAUCAAGGUUGAGGGUAAGACCGGUAACCUCGGUGAGCGCGUCACUGUCGCCAAGACUGGCAAGGCCAAGAUCGUCGUCACCGCCUCUGCUCCCUUCUCCAAGCGUUACCUUAAGUACUUGACCAAGAAGUACUUGAAGAAGCAGCUCCUUCGUGAUUUCUUGAGGGUUGUCGCCAGCAACAAGAACACCUACGAGCUCCGUUACUUCUCCAUCAACCAGGAAGAGUAAAUGGGUUCUCCAAGUCGUGAUCGUCGGCUAGGUUGUUCCCUGCGACCUGCUUGAUUCGCGGUUGUUCCUGCUC